AUGACGAUGCUCAUGGCCAUGGUCUUCCAAACCAACAUCCAGACGCCCCUCUACGCAAACUCGUGGACGCCUCACCACGCCGGCGCCUACGCCGGCACCUGCAUCUUCCUCAUCGUUCUCACCGUCAUCGCCCGCCUGCUGGUGGCUAUCAGGCUACGCCAGGAGCGCGCUUGGGCUGACCACGAUGCCCAGCGCCGCUACAUUGUCGUCAAUGGCAAGGAGCCCAUCUCGGAGCGCCUUUCGAGGGACCCGGACGCCAAGAGCAUGACCAUGAUGCUCUCGGAGAACGGUGUAGAGGACAGGGUAUUCGUUGUGGAGAAGAAGCACGCUGUGGUUCGGCCAUGGCGAUUCAGCGUUGAUCCCGUCCGCGCUGUCAUGGACACUGUCAUGGUUGGUAUUGGAUAUCUCCUCAUGCUGGCUGUCAUGACCAUGAAUGUCGGAUACUUCAUGUCUAUCCUUGGUGGCACGUUCCUUGGGAGCCUCCUCCUCGGCCGCUAUUGUCCCCUCCCCUCUCACUAG